UGUCGUGUAAGUAAACACAUUCGGUCGCUUUGCUUUACCCACCUGACUGCAUCUCAUGUGACUUGUAUUGAGUUUUAUUUUUCAUAUGAUAGUUGACAAGAGUUGAGGACACAAGAUGCGCGGCUUUCUACUCCUCCCAUUGGUUGCGGCGGUCGUCCACUGUGAUACACUUUAUUUCCAUCCCAGGGAGAAUCCCGCCGUUCCCGGGACUCCGUGUCAGGACGGGAAAUCCUUCUGUCCGGACGGGAGCACCUGUUGUGUCCAGGAGACAGGGGAAUAUGGAUGCUGUCCUCUCGCUGAUAAAGUUUCGCUGAAGUUAGAGAACGUAGUUUGUCCUGAUGGUCAGCAUGAAUGUAAAACUGGACAGACUUGCUGUAAACUGUCUAGUGGAGAAUAUGGGUGUUGUCCAUUACCAAAGGCAGUCUGCUGUAGCGAUGGUAAACACUGUUGUCCAGAAAGCACGACCUGUGAUACUGGUACCGGAAAGUGCCAGAGAGGGAACCAGCUGACAGUGGACUGGUUUGAGAAAGAACCUGCUCUGUUAAGAUCCGAGAAUGUGGUUUGCCCUGAUGGUCAACAUGAAUGUAAGACUGGACAGACUUGCUGUAAACUGUCCAGUGGAGGAUAUGGGUGUUGUCCUGUUCCAAAUGCUGUGUGCUGUAGUGAUGGUAAACACUGCUGUCCUUCUGGGACUACUUGUGAAGUGUCAUCAGGCAAAUGUAAAAGAGGGUCCAGUCUAGUCAUGGACUGGUUUGAGAAACAACCUGCUCUGUUCAGAUCCGAGAAUGUGGUUUGUCCUGAUAGUCAACAUGAAUGUAAGACUGGACAGACUUGCUGUAAACUGUCUAGUGGAGGAUAUGGGUGUUGUCCUAUACCAAAUGCUGUGUGCUGUAGUGAUGGUAAACACUGCUGUCCUUCUGGGACUACUUGUGAAGUGUCAUCAGGCAAAUGUAAAAGAGGGUCCAGUCUUGUCACAGACUGGUUUGAGAAACAACCUGCUCUGUUAAGAUCCGAGAAUGUGGUUUGUCCUGAUGGUCAACAUGAAUGUAAGACUGGACAGACUUGCUGUAAACUGGCCAGUGGAGGAUAUGGAUGUUGUCCUGUACCAAAUGCUGUGUGCUGUAGUGAUGGUAAACAUUGUUGUCCUUCUGGGACUACUUGUGAAGUGUCCUCAGGCAAAUGUAAAAGAGGGUCCAGUCAAGUCACGGACUGGUUUGAGAAACAACCUGCUCAGUUAAGAUCUGAGAAAGUUGUUUGUCCUGAUGGUCAGUCAGAGUGCAAGACAGGACAGACUUGCUGUAAAUUGUCCAGUGGACAGUAUGGAUGCUGUCCUCUACCAAAGGCAGUGUGCUGUAGUGAUGGUAAACACUGCUGUGCAGAAGGAACAACUUGUGAUGUGUCCUCAGGGAAAUGUAAAAGAGGGUCCCAUUUAGUCAUGGACUGGUUUGAGAAACAACCUGCUGUGUUAAGGUCAGAGAAUGUGGUUUGUCCUGAUGGUCAACAUGAAUGUAAGACUGGACAGACUUGCUGUAAACUGUCCAGUGGAGGUUAUGGGUGUUGUCCAUUACCAAAGGCAGUCUGCUGUAGCGAUGGUAAACAUUGCUGUCCAGAAAGCACGACCUGUGAUACUGGUACCGGAAAGUGCAAGAGAGGGAACCAGUUGACAAUGGACUGGUUUGAGAAAGAACCUGCUCUGUUAAGAUCCGAGAAUGUGGUUUGUCCUGAUGGUCAACAUGAAUGUAAGACUGGACAGACUUGCUGUAAACUGUCUAGUGGAGGAUAUGGGUGUUGUCCUGUACCAAAUGCGGUAUGCUGUAGUGAUGGCAAACACUGCUGCCCACAGAACACGAAGUGUGAAGUCUCCUCCGGGAAGUGUACAAGGGGUGACAGUCUGGAGCUCCACUUGAUCGAGCAGCUUCCAGUUGCCAAACCUCCACAGGGAGGUCUUCUAUCUUCUGUCAUGUGCCCUGACGGCGCCUCAGAGUGCAAGGAUGGGCAGACAUGUUGUCUGUUAACCAGCGGCAAAUAUGGCUGCUGCCCAAUCCAGGACGCUGUCUGCUGUUCAGAUCAUAUCCACUGCUGCCCACAAGGAACAAGGUGUGACCUGCAGGAACAGAAAUGUAUCGGGCACGGGGAAAGUCUAGGGAUCAUCAGCAUGGACAUGGUCCAGAUAAAAGAGGGGAAAUCCCAGGAAUCCCAUCCCUUGACCCCUCUAACAGCAAAUGUUGAAUGUCCUGAUGGCCAAUCAGAAUGCAAGACAGGGCAGACAUGUUGUAAACUGUCCAGUGGAAAAUAUGGGUGCUGCCCCCUGCCAAAGGCUGUGUGCUGUGCUGACAUGAGACAUUGCUGCCCCGAGGGAACCACUUGUGAAGUUUCCUCAGGGAAGUGUAAGAGGGGAGAUAACAUACUGAUGGACUGGUUCCAGAAGUUACCUGCAGUGGUCAAGGCAGAAAGUGUUAUGUGUCCUGAUGGUCAGCAUGAAUGUAAAGAUGGACAGACAUGCUGCAAAACUGCUAGUGAACAAUGGGGAUGUUGUCCUUUACCAAAUGCUGUUUGCUGUAGUGAUGGUAAACACUGCUGUCCUUCUGGGACUACUUGUGAAGUGUCAUCAGGCAAAUGUAAAAGAGGGUCCAGUCUUGUCACGGACUGGUUUGAGAAACAACCUGCUGUGUUAAGAUCCGAGAAUGUGGUUUGUCCUGAUGGUCAACAUGAAUGUAAGACUGGACAGACUUGCUGUAAACUGUCUAGUGGAGGAUAUGGGUGUUGUCCAUUACCAAAUGCUGUGUGCUGUAGUGAUGGUAAACACUGCUGUCCUUCUGGGACUACUUGUGAAGUGUCCUCAGGCAAAUGUAAACGAGGGUCCAGUCUAGUCACGGACUGGUUUGAGAAACAACCUGCUCUGUUGAGAUCCGAGAAUGUGGUUUGUCCUGAUGGUCAACAUGAAUGUAAGACUGGACAGACUUGCUGUAAACUGUCUAGUGGAGGAUAUGGGUGUUGUCCUCUACCAAAUGCUGUUUGCUGUAGUGAUGGUAAACACUGCUGUCCUUCUGGGACUACUUGUGAAGUGUCAUCAGGCAAAUGUAAAAGAGGGUCCAGUCUUGUCACGGACUGGUUUGAGAAACAACCUGCUCUGUUAAGAUCCGAGAAUGUGGUUUGUCCUGAUGGUCAACAUGAAUGUAAAACUGGACAGACUUGCUGUAAACUGUCUAGUGGAGGAUAUGGGUGUUGUCCUGUACCAAAUGCUGUGUGCUGUAGUGAUGGUAAACACUGUUGUCCUUCUGGGACUACAUGUGAAGUGUCAUCAGGCAAAUGUAAAAGAGGGUCCAGUCUUGUCACGGACUGGUUUGAGAAACAACCUGCUGUGUUAAGAUCCGAGAAUGUGGUUUGUCCUGAUGGUCAACAUGAAUGUAAGACUGGACAGACUUGCUGUAAACUGUCUAGUGGAGGAUAUGGGUGUUGCCCAUUACCAAAUGCUGUGUGCUGUAGUGAUGGUAAACACUGUUGUCCUUCUGGGACUACAUGUGAAGUUUCCUCAGGCAAAUGUAAAAGAGGGUCCAGUCUAGUCACGGACUGGUUUGAGAAACAACCUGCACUAAAAAGACAUCACACAGAAAUAAAACCAAAAAAUAAAGUUGUUUGUCCUGAUCAGACUACAAGCUGUCCUGACAAGAAUACAUGCUGCAAAAAUAAGGAAGGCAAAUUUGGGUGCUGUGCCUAUAAUAACGCUGUUUGCUGUAAGAGUGGUACUUACUGUUGUCCUAAAGGCUAUAUCUGUGAUACACUACCAGAAAUCUGCAGAAUGCCGGAGGCCAAAGAAGCUUGGAAAAACACUGCCAAUAUAUUUAUACAGAAUAUAUUAAAGAAAAGGGUCCAGGACCUACCAUAAUGUGGCUAUCAGCUUAAUUGAUGUAUAUAUUAAUCUGUUACUGUAAUUUGGGUGCCUGUGUUAAGAAUAAUGUUGAAAGCUACAAAAGUAUACUUUAAAAUUAGAUAAAUAUUUUUAUGAAAUGUUAGAGAAGUUAAAAGAUUUAAUUAUGUUAGUGUUAACUUCAAGUACAUGUAGAUGGCUGAUUAUCUCGUUUUGUAUGUUUCAUGGGUUGGUGUAUAAAUUGAAAUUUUGCUAAGAGCGUACCCAAUUGUUACCUUUUAGAAAUUUUUUUUAAUGUUUAGAGGGUCUAGUUAUGUUUAAAAAAUUUUCAUUGAGCCAUUUGUAUUGACCUAUAAAAACCAAAAUGUUAUAUUGACAUAUUGACAGCUUUUUUGAAAGAAUUCAUUUAACUAAAUAAUAUAAAUUUAAUAAAAAAAAUAUUUCAUAUACAGUCUUUCUAGCACCUAAGUGCUGGGACUUGAUUGCUUAUUUAUGAACAUUUAGGUAACAACAUGUAGCAAAUACAGAAGUGUAUGUGUGUUUAUAAUACAGUGCAGAAUUUUUUUUUAACCUAUCAACCUAAAACUCAAUGAAACCCCCAUUAAUAAGGGGUAACAAAUAAUAUUAUGUUUUUGGUGAAUGAGAUUUAUAUGAUAAUUCAGCUUUUGUUAAUAUUGACAGUAUGUAUUUGAUAGUGUCAUUGUUUUAUUUAUAAAAUGAAUUUGUAUUACAUUUUUGUACAUACACCUAUCCCUAGUCUAAAUACCUUUCUACUUAUAAAAGAAAUUCUAAGCAAGCAAAUUGUAUAAUUUGUAUCAUUUUUGAAUUCAGAAACAUCUCUCAAGACUGCUUUUUGUAGAGAAAAUGUUUUUAUUUCACUAAGAUCAAAAAUAUAAUAUUAUCCAGAAGAAGCAUUCAAUUUUGUAAAUAUAACUAGUCAUAUGUAUUAUUGUUUAAGUGUUAAAUGUUUAGGAAACAUAUGCAUUGUAGCAAAAAGCAAAACUGUAGUGUUGAGGCCUAUUUUCAUGUACAUAUACACAUAAAUACAAAUUAAACCUUAAUUAAAUCAGGUUAAUGAUUUUAUUGCCAAGAUAGACUUCUUAACAUAAAAUUGGUAUGCCUGCAGUAUACAUAUACUAGUAUUCUAUUUUAGCUAGGUAAAAACGUAAUUUUUAAAUAAGUUUACUAUUUACUUGUACAUCAGUGCAGGGCAUUUGCCUUUUUUGGAUGCCCAUGAUAAUUACUACGAAACACUUGUAGCUAAUUUACAGGAAACUCAGGACACCCACAACCAUAAUCUCCACAAAAUGUUAAAAAAUGACAAAGUACAGUUAAGGGGUUCAUUUCUUCAACCUCAAAGAAAUCAAAUCCCAAUCAACCUUGUGUAUGUACAUGUAUAUACAUGUAAAUAAAGUUUAAUAUUUGGCAAACCCAAAAAUCCUGAUGCAAUGAAGGUAAAUGAUGCUACAGUAUCUAGGUUUCUUUUUAGCGCUAGCAAGCAAACAAUGAGCAAGAUAAUUUAUCUGAAAGUAAAUUCCUGUUUAUUACUGAUCAAUUUAACUUAGUUUAAAGUCUGGCAGAAAGAUGUGUUUAGCUUCAGUUUGUAGAAAACUUAUGUUUUGUUAAAGAAAUAUUAAAAAGGUACAAGCAGUGUCAUAAUUCCAAUUCAAAACAUUCUUGAGAACAGUGUUGAAAUUAAUUUUUUAUAUUUUUUUCUUACACUUAGGGGAAAUUUGUAAGCCUUUAUGUGUUGUGUUUGCUCAUAUAAAUGUGUUUCAAGCAAAGAAAUUGUCACUUAAUAGUAUGUGUAAUUGUCACAUAUGUAUGUUUGACGUAAAUUAGUGUGAAUCGGCAUAUACAUGUAAAUUAUUUACUUGUAAAAGCAUUCCAAAGUCAUUUUCAGAUUUUUGUCACUCAAUAAACGUAAGCUACAAAA